CCUCACUUAAUUCCCCCUCUCUAGCCAGGCUAGCUCUCUUAUUUUAGCAUUAUUUUAACCUCAAAAGCGUGUCCUAAACCUCACACUAUCCAAUUAUAAGCCACCCAUAGAUCCCUCUCUUCUCAUUCUCAAUUCUCAAUUCUCAAUUCUGAAUUCUGAAUUCUGAAUUCUCAACCAACCACACAAUGAACCACUUACUAUUACUACUUCCCAUCACUCUCUCCCUCUUCUUCACCCCAUGUCUCUCAAACUCAAACACAAACACUAACAAACUGAAAUUCAAAGAAGCCCCGGAAUUCUACAACUCCCGACACUGCCCCUCAAUAGAAAAAAACGACAUCCUCUGCUCGGAGGAAGGCGUACAGGUGGCAAUGACCCUCGACAGAACCUACCUCCGAGGAUCCAUGGCGGCCAUCCUGUCCGUCCUCCAACACUCGUCAUGCCCCCAAAACAUCUUCUUCCACUUCGUAGCCUCCUCCAACAGCACCACCCUCCUCCACUCCACAAUCUCCACCACCUUCCCCUACCUAAACUUCCAUCUCUACCCCUUCCGCCACGACGUCGUUGCGGGGCUCAUCUCCACCUCCAUCCGCGCCGCACUCGAUUGCCCCCUCAACUACGCCCGCAGCUACCUCCCCAACCUCCUCCCCCUCUGCGUGAAGCGCGUCGUAUACCUCGACUCCGACCUCGUACUCGUCGACGACAUCGCCAAGCUCGCGAAAACCCCCUUACACAAAAACGCAGUCUUGGCGGCACCCGAGUACUGCAACGCCAAUUUCACCUCCUACUUCACCCCCACCUUCUGGUCCAACCCUUCUCUCUCUCUCACCUUCGCCGACCGGAACGCCUGCUACUUCAACACGGGGGUCAUGGUCAUCCACCUGGAGCGGUGGCGCCUGGGGGACUACACCACGAAGAUUGAGGAGUGGAUGGAGGUGCAGAAGAGGAUGAGAAUCUACGAACUGGGGUCGUUGCCCCCGUUUUUGCUUGUGUUUGCUGGGAACAUUGUUCCCGUGGAUCAUAGGUGGAACCAGCACGGUCUCGGAGGGGACAACUUUCGUGGUCUGUGUCGGGAUCUCCACCCUGGUCCUGUUAGUUUGUUGCAUUGGAGUGGCAAGGGGAAACCUUGGGUCAGGUUGGACGCUAAUAGGCCUUGUCCUUUGGAUGCACUUUGGGCACCUUAUGAUCUCUUGCAAACACCUUUCUCUUUAGAUUCCUGACCAAAAAACAAACAUAAACACCUUUAUUUUUGGUCAAAUAAAACUCCACUUCUAAAUAUCAAAAACUGUAUCAUAGCUAUAUACAAACCUUCAUUUCUCUGCUGCUUCGGAUGAUUGAAUUCAACAGACGAGUGGUCCGAACGUACAGAUGUGAAGCAACCAACAAGGAAAUUCAAGUGUAAUUAGAAUGUACUUUUUUAAAUAACCAGAAGGAGGGAAAUUUUUUUUUUUUUUUUUUUUUUUUUUUUUCACGAUUAAUGUUGUAACAAAGUAUAAGUUUGUAUAUAGCGAAAGAGCUGAGUAAGUUUUGGAUGCGUAUGUUUAGAAGUUUUUGUUUAGCUCCUGAUGAUGAUGUGAACAUAAUGAGCAUUAUAUUUUGUAAAGAUGAUUUCAUUUUCAGUGUUCAGAACCUCCUCUUUGCCUUCCAGUUUUCUUUGUUUUCUGCUUUACUAAUUAAUACUGUGAACCAAGGUUUUAUUUUAUUUUAUUCCAGAGAACUGAAUUGCAAGCAGGACGAAGGGAUUGGUCCGUG